AUUCCCCACCCAGGCUACGACUUCCCAGCCGUACUGCACUGGUUCGCCGAGCGCGUGGACCUCAUCAUCCUCCUCUUCGACGCCCACAAACUGGAAAUCUCCGACGAGUUCUCGGAAGCCAUCGGGGCCCUCAGGGGCAACGAGGACAAGAUCCGGGUGGUCCUCAACAAGGCCGACACGGUGGAGACCCAGCAGCUCAUGCGCGUCUAUGGGGCCCUGCUCUGGUCCUUAGGGAAGGUCUUCAACACCCCCGAGGUGCUGAGGGUCUUCAUUGGGUCCUUCUGGUCCCAGCCCUUACUGGUGGCCGACAACCGGAGCCUCUUUGAGCUGGAGGAGCAGGAUCUGUUCCAGGAGAUCCAGAACCUGCCCCGCAACGCGGCCCUGCGCAAGCUCAAUGACCUGGUGAAGAGAGCGCGGCUCGUGAGGGUCCAUGCCCACAUCCUGGCCCGGCUGCGCAAGGAGAUGCCCUCGGUGUUCGGGAAGGAGGCCAAGAAGAAGCAGCUCAUUUCCCAGCUCCCGCUGCUCUUCGCCCGCAUCCAACUGGAGCAGCACAUCCCGGCGGGAGACUUCCCGGACUGCGCCCGCAUGCAGGAGCUGCUCCUGGUCCACGACUUCUCCCGUUUCCCAGCGCUGAAGCCGCGGGUGCUGGAGGCUCUGGACGAGCUCCUCACGUCCGAUAUCGCGGCGCUGAUGCCGCUGCUGCGCCGGGAGGAGCUGGAGGCGCCCGAAGGCAGCGGGGCCGUGCAGGGGGGGGCGUUCGACGGGACCCGGCAGGGUCCAUUCAGCGCGGAGGAGAGAGGGGGGGACGAGGAUGAUGAAGAGGAGGGGGGCGAGGAGGACGGGGAAUGGGCGGUGAUGAAGGACAAGGCCAAGUACGACGAGAUCUUCUACGGGCUGGCCCCGACCGGAGGGAAGCUGAGCGGGCGGCGCGCCAAGGGCUGGAUGGUGACCAGUAACCUGCCCAGUUCCGUACUGGGCCGCAUCUGGAAGCUGAGCGACGUGGACCGCGAUGGGAUGCUCGAUGCCGAGGAGUUCGCCCUGGCCGGGCACCUCAUCGGGGCCAAGCUGGAAGGGAGGGGGCUCCCCUCAGACCUCCCCCCGCGUUUGGUGCCGCCGUCCAAGAGGAGGCAGAAGGGGUCGGCGGAGUGAAGG